AUGGCUAUGGAACUAAUGGAAGGCCAUGGAAUUUCGAGCAGAGAAGCGGAGCAGAACGAGGCGACGGAAUUGCUCUUACAGAAGCGGCGAUGCUUUUUCCAUUUUCCCUGUCUCGGGGCGACCGGCCGGGACGGAUUCGGGUCAAAAUGGUCGACGAUGAUGCGGGCGGUGGAGAUCGAGAAAAUCUCACUGUGGUUCCGGGGGAUCAGAGCCCUAAACCGGCUCCGGCAUUGGUCGGGGACCAUGGCGAGGCCACGAUGGAAGAGCUUCCUCCGCCGCUUUAACACAAGCAAGGAAAAAGCAAUCGCCGGCGGCUGCGGAUGCGGCGGCGGCGUAUGCGAUAAUCAAGGGAAAUUCCGGUACGAUCCUCAUAGUUAUGCUCUGAAUUUCGAUGAAGGACCGGAGCACAAUGAGAAUUUCUCCGUUAGGUACGCGGUGGUUCCGGCGUCCGUUAAAGCCACCGUGGUAUGA